AUGCUCGCAGCACGCCUCAUAGCUCACCGCACCCUGUUCCUCCGCCCACAGAUCUCCAUUCGCACCUCCCUCCGACAAUGCAGCUCCCAAUGCGCCGCGAAACGCCCCUCCCUGACAUCCGCCUUCCAAAGACUCCAGAUCCAGCCAACGAUCACGACAAGAGUCCUCGCCAGACAGCAGGUACGCGGCAUGAAGGUCCGAAGUUCGGUCAAGAAACUUUGCGAUGGGUGCAAGAGCGUACGGAGGAAGGGUGGGAAGUACGUGUACAUCAUCUGUAGCAAGAAUCCGAAGCACAAGCAGAGACAAGGGUAG